AUGGAUUAUUCUACCAAUUUUACAUAUUUGUCACUGGAGGGAUAUGUUGAAUUAGAGAAUUACAGAUAUGUUUAUUUUAUAUUUACACUGACUGUAUAUAUAAUAAUGAUCUGUUUUAGCACUGUCAUCAUUUUUGUCAUAUUCAAAAAGAAAUGUUUUCAUGAGCCCAUGUACAUUUUCAUAGCUGCUUUGCUUUGUAAUUCUCUCUUUGGAUCGACAGCUCUUUAUCCUAAACUGCUCAUUGAUUUACUGUCUGAAAACCAAACUGUAUCUUAUAAAGAGUUUUUAUUUCAGGCAUUUUGUUUGUAUACAUAUGCUGCAUCAGAGGUCACAUUGUUAUCAGCGAUGGCCUAUGACAGAUAUGUGUCCAUCUGUAAUCCAUUAUUAUAUGCAAAUGUUGUAAAAAUGUCCACUGUUGGAAAGCUCUUAUUUUUAUCAUGGUUUUUGCCUUGUUGUGAAGUUGGUGUUGCCAUUAUUCUAACAUCCCAACUUCAACUGUGCAAAUUUAAAUUGAACAGAAUAUACUGCAAUAAUUUUUCAAUUGUGAAAUUAAGCUGUAAAGAAACAUCUCUUAAUAACAUAUAUGGACUUUUUAUUUUUGUCAUUGCUCUGUUUCCUCCAGUAAUCUUCAUACUUUACUCUUAUAUCAGGAUACUCACUGUGUGUUUAAAGAAUUCUAAAGAUUUCAGAAGAAAAGCUUUACAGACAUGUUUACCACAUCUUCUCAUUUUUAUCAUUUUUUCUGUCAGCAUAAGUUUUGAAAUUAUAAAUAACAGACUAGAAUCAAAACAAAUUCCCCACAUUAUGACCAUGAUCCUGUCACUUGAAUAUGUACUUAUUCCUCCUCUGUUUAAUCCUGUCAUAUAUGGAUUAAAACUGCAGGAGAUUUAUAGUAACAUUAAGAAAUUGAUAAUGAGGAAAAACAUGCAGUCCUGGAAAAUCAAAAGAUGCACCAACCAGUACUGGCUGAAGUUGUGCCAGGACAUCCAGGUAUUGGCAGACCUUGGCAACGUCUGA